AUUCAACCUCCGGGCAGCUGUUUUAAAUUCUGGACGAUUUCGAGGAGGAACUUUUGAAGUCAUAGUCGCUCAAACAUCGCCGAUUAAUUGUUUACCUUCCGAGGUGGAAAGCGUUAGUGAGCGAUGCUCAACGUGGGCGUGAAGGCGCUCCUUAGCUGGGUCAACAGUAUAAAGUCUUCCCCCGGAGACGUCCGCGUUGAAGACCUCCAAGAUGGGGAGAUUUUACUGGGUGUUAUCUACAAGCUGAAAAAGGAGGCCAAACCUUCUUUCAACACGAUUGAAGAGCGCUUUAGAGUCAUCACACAAUUUGUUGAAAAGGAUUGCAGAUUCCGUGCGAGUGAAGGCGCGUCGUUGUCGUGGGACAAGAUCAUUCAUGGAAGCAACGUCACUGAAGAGAUGGCCAAGGUGCUUCUGUUGCUGGUGUACCACGACAUGAUGAACCAUCGCUGCACCCUCAGCUCCUUGGAGUGUGACGUGGAGGUGGAGCUGGCGAACCUGACUGGUUCUUACGUGAUGGAGAUGGACGGCUGUGUGUACUUCAACAGUGGACUAGACGCCUACCUGGCCAAGAGAUGUUUACCCGUGCCGCGGGAAAUACUGCUGCCGGCAGCAAGCACCUCCACCUCCGUCUCCUCCCUGUCGGACGAGGACUCUCCCGUCUUCCGCCGUGCAGCCAAAGUCAAGUUUCUGGAUAUCCACACGGUGGCGUCGUCUUCCACCAGCAAAUCUCCCCUUCAGGAUAUAAUGAACACCCCCAAAUUCCAGCUGAGGAAGAUGAAGAGACAGAUGAUCAAGGAGCGAGAGUACAUCGAUGGCCUGGAGGGGGAGCUCGCCGUCAAGAUUGCACUCAUCACCCAGAAAGAAUCUCUCAUCAACCAGUUGCAGUAUCGUCUGGAUAAGAUGAAAAAUGAGCAGACUCAUCAGGAGGAGAUGGCCAGGAAGCAAGUCGAUGAACUUGAGACCAAGAAUAGCUCUUUGCUUGUGCGUCUGGAUGAGAUUUUGAAACAGAACAAAAACUGGAAAAGUAGCUCCUUGCUGAUGGAGCGGAAAGUGGACGAGCUCACAGGGGAGAAUGGCCUGCUCUCUUCCCAGAUGCUUGCGACAUGUUCCCAGCUGACCGCCAUGGAAGCGGAGGUCGGCAGGUUGACGCAGUCCCGAGCAUUUGCCCAGGAGGAGUGGAGCACCAAGAGACACUACCUCCAGUCGGAACUCAAUCAAGCCACCGCUCAAAAGGAGCUCCUCGGUGAACAAAUUCAGAUCCUGCAGGGAAAGAUUUCAUGUCUGGAGGAUGAAAUUGGAAAAGCCGCAAAGGAAGACGCAGGAGAAAACAUGGGAACUGUAAUGGAGAGAGACGCCCUGAACAACGAGAUUUGCUCUUUGAAGAAAGCAAUAAGUGAUCUUCAAGACGAACUUGAGCGGCUGGAGCUACAAAAAGCGGCGCAAAUUAGAGAACUGCAGGCGCGCAUUGAUGCCUCUGAACAAGAACUGGAGACACUUAAGGAAAUGAAGAAGGAAAAUGAGUCCUUACUCAUUCAGGCUGGAGACAAGCUGAAAGAUCUUGAAACCAGGUGUCAGGAUCUAACUUCCCUUUUGGCUGAUAAGGACCUUCAAAUUACCAGUCUCAAGGAAGAAGUGGAGGUUUUCGCCGUUGAAACGCAGAAGAACAAACAGGAAAUUGAAACCAAAGACCAGCUGCUUGCUCAAUUGAGCGAGGAAAGUUCCGAUCAGCGAGAGAUUCUCCAGAACAAAAUCCAGACUCUGACAGUGGAGGUUGAAAAUCUUACUUUGUCUGUCAAACGCGCCGAAGAAGAAGUCCGGUUUAAGCAAGAUUUAUUGGCUCAAAGUCAAGAAGAUACGAUCAGGCAAAGGGAGGCGCUGCAGGAACAUAUUUUAACUAGCGAAGGGGAAGCUCUCAGACUAAAGACUGAGAUAACGGCCAAACACGAACAGCUUGUCGUCCUGCAGAAUGACUGCUCCAAGCAGUCUGAAAUUCUACUAGAGCAGAUCGGACAACUGAAAAGUCAAGUUGAAUCUCUGACCGGUUGUCUCACAAAGGCCGAGGAACAAGUUCAAUCUCUUCAGGAUCUUCUUGAGAAGCAGGAGCAGGAACGUGUUCUCCAGAAAGAACUUCUGCAGCAGCAACUGAGCUCUUCUGAGCAGAGCGUAAGCUCCCUGAAGGAGGAGGUCCAGGCCAAAGAAAAGCAUAUUACUUUCUUGAACGAGCAGUUUUCAGAGAAGUCAGAGCAUCUUUGUGAAAAUGUCCAAAGUUUGGAGAAUCGGGUAGAGACUCUCGGUUCAUCUUUGAAGAAAGCUGAGGAGAGUUUGCAAUCCAAGGAAAUUGUGUUUGCUGAACAGCAAUCACAGAGCGCUCAGCGUACUGAGACCCUGCAGACGCAGUUGGGCUCCUCUCAACAGGAGGUGGACAGACUGAUCGCAGAACUCCAAACCAGGGAGGGACAGCUGGUUUUGCUGCAGGAGAGCUCAGCACAUUCUGAACUCCUGGAACAGAAGAUUGAGGGUCUGGAUAAGCAACUGGAAAAUUUGACUGAUUCUCUUCGCCUUGCAAAGGACCAUGUGAAAGCCAAAGAAGAGCUGCUGGUCAAGCAGGAGCAAGAAAAGAGCUUUCACGUGGAGACCCUCGAACAGCACACCAAAGUCCUGCUGGAGGAGGUCCAGGCCAAAGAAAAGCAUAUUACUUUCUUGAACGAGCAGUUUUCAGAGAAGUCAGAGCAUCUUCGUGAAAAUGUCCAAAGUUUGGAGAAACGGGUAGAGACUCUCGGUUCAUCUUUGAAGAAUGCUGAGGAGAGUUUGCAAUCCAAGGAAAUUGUGUUUGCUGAACAGCAAUCACAGAGCGCUCAGUGUACUGAGACCCUGCAGACGCAGUUGGGCUCAUCUCAACAGGAGGUGGACAGACUGAUCGCAGAACUCCAAACCAGGGAGGAACAGCUGGUUUUGCUGCAGGAGAGCUCAGCACAUUCUGAACUCCUUGAACAGAAGAUUGAGGGUCUGGAUAAGCAACUGGAAAAUAUGACUGAUUCUCUUCGCCUUGCAAAGGACCAAGUGAAAGCCAAAGAAGAGCUGCUGGUCAAGCAGGAGCAAGAAAAGAGCUUUCACGUGGAGACCCUCGAACAGAACACCAAAGUUCUGCUGGAGGAGGCCAAACAAUUUAAAGAGGACAUCCAAAUCAAGGAAGACCAGAUCAACAUGCUUAAGGUGGAGAGUAGCAAGCAAUGUGAGGUGCUGAAGAAUGACAUUCAGAGUCUCAAGAACCAACUUCAAAAUGUGACUGAAACUCUGCAAAGUAAAGAAGAGCAAAUUCAUACAAAGGACAACUUGUUGGAAACCACAGCACUGGAGCUUUCCCAAGAAAGAAACAAGUAUCUAAGCCUGCUUGAAUCUUCUACGGAGGAGGUAAAGGUGCUUCGGGAGAACAUACAGUCUCAAGAGGAACGGCUUGUCACACUAAAAGAAGAAAGCUCCUCUCAGACCGAUGCGCUGCUUAAGGAGAUCAGUCAGCUAAACGACCAAUUAGCUGAGGUCCGUGAAUUGCUCUGCAAAGCCGAGCAGCAGGUUCAGACUCUGCGAGCUCUGAUGGCCACACGGGAGCAGGAAAGUGCUCAGCAGAAAGAGCUUCUGCAGCAGCAGCUGUCGGCAUCGCAAGCCGAGGUGAGGAGGAUGGAUGCUCAGAUCCGAACAAGCGAGGAAGGCAUCGUGCAGCUGAAUGCUGCCAGCUCCAAGCACUCGGACUUGCUCUGUCAAGAGAUCCAACACUUGAAGACACAAGUGGAGUCUCUUGAGGCCACCCGUGGAAAAGCUGAAGAGGAUGUUCAGUCCAAGAACAAUCUGUUGGAAGAGGCGGAGAGGAAUCUCGAACAAAGAGUCCAGACAGAAGAGCUUUUGCACAAGCAGCUGUCGGCAUCGCAAGCCGAGGUGAGGAGGAUGGAUGCUCAGAUCCGAACAAGCGAGGAAGGCAUCGUGCAGCUGAAUGCUGCCAGCUCCAAGCACUCGGACUUGCUCUGUCAAGAGAUCCAACACUUGAAGACACAAGUGGAGUCUCUUGAGGCCACCCUUGGAAAAGCUGAAGAGGAUGUUCAGUCCAAGAACAAUCUGUUGGAAGAGGCAGAGAGGAAUCUCGAACAAAGAGUCCAGACAGAAGAGCUUUUGCACAAGCAGAUUUCCUCGUUUCAAGAAGAAAUGGUGAAAGUCAAAGUAUGUCAGGAUGAGAAAGAGAAACUCCUCCUCAAAGCUGAGGAGAAACUCAACAUGCUCCUGACCGAGUUGUCUUCUGUCCAAACCAAAACCGCAGAAAAAGACCAAAGCCUAGACGCCCUGAGUGCAGAGCUUGCUGCCCAGGCUCAUUUGCUGCAGAAAGCAAACGAGGAGGCUCAAAGCAAAGCCACCAGUCUGGCUACGAUCCAGGAAGAAUCCUCCAAACAAACACAUGAACUUCAGCAGGAGAUAAGUCAUCUCAAACGGGAGUUGGAAUUGAUUUCCCUCAAACUGGAAGAAAAACAGCAGCAAUUAUCUGAAGUCCAACAGGAGUCUGCUGAGCUCGCUGAGCAACUGAAGCUUCAGCUUGCUUCAGUCAAUGCAGAUUUGAAACAAAACCAAGAAGCACAAGCUGAAACCCUCAAACAAAGAGAAGGAGAACAGGAGCUUCAGCUUGUUCUUACAAGCGAAAAGGAGGCACUUGUUUGCGAAAAAGAAGACCUCUUGGCCAAGGUGCUCCAGGCACAAAAUGACCACGUGGCCCAGGAGAAACGAGUGGAAGUGCUUGUUGUGGAGAAGGAGAGACUUGUUCAAAGCAAGCAGGCCACAGAGAGGGAGAACAUGGCCUCCCAAAAGCUGCAACAGGUGCUCCAGCAAGAGCUGGAAUUAUUGAAAAUGGAGAAAUUGGGGCUCGUGAAAGAGACGGAGAUGCUGAACAAAGACCUGCAAGAGCAGCUUGCCGCUAAAUCAGAAGCCGUGGAACACUACAAGGCUCAGAUGGAGAAGGCGGCGAGUCACUACAAUGACAAGAAGCAGCUUCUCAUCGACAGCCACGAGGAAGUGUCGGCGCUCAAGCAUUCCCUGGAAGUCAGGGAGCGGGAGUUGAAGGCCGCGGCCAUGGAGAACAAGCUGCUUCAGCUGGAUCUGGAAAAGGCGAGGAGCAAGGAAACGACGAUGUCGAGCAAGCUGGCUAGUUUGGAGGCACAGGCGGCCUUUGCUGAGCGGAACCUGCGGGCCCUUGACACACCCGACCAAGGAGGGGCAUCCGAAUCGUUUUUCUUGGACGUCCCGCUGACACACCCGGAUGUUCACAGCAGGGUGCAGCCCAGGAGAACCGUGAGCUCUGACAGUCUGGACCAAAGCUCCCUGGAAGACUCGUUGAACCAAACCAGGAAACUUUCAGCACCGGGAGAAUCCAGCACACCGUUUGUGCGGAGUUCCGAGAGACUGGCUGCCAAACGCCACGGUACUCUCCGAGCAGAGUCCCUGGAAACGCUCUACUUCACACCCAUCAAUUCAAGAUAUGUCCACAGGACCAGACGCACUUCCAUCUGCACCAACCCUUCCUCCUCAGUGAAGACACGCAGGACCACUCAGGUUAUAAACAUCACCCUGACUAAGAAAAGUGUAGGUGGUGUAGAAGAGGAGGAGACGUUCCUCCCUCCAGCUCGCUCGCAGCCCAACCUCUCCAGUGGCCACGCCUCCUCUCCCGUCUCCAUGGAGCUUUUUCACACGCCCAGGAAAACGGCCGCCGGCGUUCAGCUGGUCGGCCUGCCUGGCUACCGGCGCAGCACGCUCCACGCGCAAACCACCAGCACCUUCUGUGUGGGCGCAGAGAACGAGCCGGAAGCUGCGCCCAACGACUGGAUGAGGCUCGCAGAGCUCCAGGCCAGGAACCGAGCCUGCCUUCCUCAUCUGAAGAGCAGCUACCCCGUGGAGUUUGAGGCGUGUCAGAGUGCCUUCACCUUCACAGAUGAGGAGGUGCGUACAGGCGACCCCUCAGAGACCAUCCGUCGUGCCUCCGUCAUGCCAGGCCAGCUGCACGACUCUCUGGCCUCGCAUCAACACGCCCACAUGGCAGGACACGCCCACAUGGCAGGACACGCCCACAUGGCAGGACACGCCCACAUGGCAGGACACGCCCACAUGGCAGGACACGCCCACAUGGCAGGACAAUCCAACAUGGCCGCCAGCACUCGGUCCCAGCGUGUGUCUGUCCAGCCGUCGACUAAAUCUGUCAACUCGGCUCGACAGAAGAGCCCCAAAGUCUCCAAACGCUCGGCGCUGACUUUGCCUCAUCACACCUCACCUGAGAAAAAGUUGAAGGCCAGCUGCUUCCCUCGUCCUCUCACUCCCAAGAACAGGAACAUCAACAUCGCACCUUCUUUCAGUCCUAAGGAUCGCAGAGAGUCCAUGAUGUUCACCAUAGAAAACACACCAAAGAACAGCAGCAGUUAUUUGAAAAAAGGUCUCAACAAACUCAGGAGCUCCGCCCGGAAAUCAUCUGCUGUCAAAACUUCAAAAUCACCUGCUGUCAAAACUUCAAAAUCACCCGCCCUCAAAACAUCAAAGAAGGCGCUGAAAGAAAACAUGGCCGCUCCUCCAUCCACACGUGAUCGCUUCAAGUCUCCGCAGGUGGUCUCUGAGGACGCCAGGAAGAUGAGAAAGAUGAAGAUUUGA